AUGUCAGAUACACUUGCUGAAAUAGGCCAAAGACUUGAACGGUUAAAGAGCAACACUUUUGAGAAUUCUGUAUCAACUAGUGCCCAGACUAGACGUAUAGAAGAGGACAAUAGUUCUUCUAGCCCAACGAGUGUAGAUUCCUUCGAUAACUCUAACUCUGACGGAGAAGAAGAGAUGGCUGGCCAUAACGAUGACAACCGAGCUUUGGAAGAUUAUGCUCAACCGGUUAUACCAAAUUCACCUUCGUGCAUCUUGCUGCCUACUGAAGCUAGAAAUUAUGAACUCAAAUCUUCUCAUUUUCACAUGCUUCCUUCUUUUUAUGGUUUACCUAACGAAGACCCAUUAUCCCAUAUUAAGGAAUUCUACAAUGUUGUGAGUGGUUUACCUUUGCAUGGAGUGAGUGAAGCAAAUCUGAGGAUGAGGGUUUUCCCUUAUACAUUGAAAGAUAGAGCAAAGAAUUGGCUAAUGACUUUAGCACCUGGUUCGCUCACCACUUGGGAUGCCGUAGCUAAGAAGUUUCUGGAGAAGUUUUUCUCAACUCAAAAGACAGCUACUUUGAGAGGGCAAAUCUUUAACUUUAAACAAGAUGAUGGAGAACCUUUCAAUGAAUGUUGGGAGCGUUUCAAAGGCCUGUUGCUCCAAUGUCCACAUCAUGGGUUACCUCUUUACUUACAAAUGCAAAUUUUUUAUGAUGGACUAACCCAAACAUGUCAAUCAACUGUGGAUAAUGCAGCAGGUGGAGCUUUGAAGAAGAAAAAUGCGCAAGAGUCAUAUAACAUUUAUGAGAUGUUGGGAUCUAAUGCUCAACACAAAGAUACAAGAGGUAAACGAGUUGGAAUGUAUGAAAUGAGUUCUAAUAAUGAUCUUGCUUUGCAGGUGGCUAGUUUGGAAAAGAAGCUCGAUUCUGUGCUCAAUAUGGCGCCUAAGAUAGCUGAGGUGUGUGCCAUUUGCAACAUACCAGGUCAUCCUACUUAUCAAUGCUCAGCUAGUGAGGCUUAUCCCGAAUUCGUUCAAGAGCAAGUGAAUCUCAUGAAUUCUUACAAUCAGAGGCCGAGGAAUGACCCAUUCUCUAAUACAUAUAACCCUGGUUGGAGAGAUCAUCCCAAUCUCUCAUGGAAGAAUAACAAUCAAUUUCAAAAUUUCCAACCAAAGCCUGCCACUACGCUUGAAGAUACUGUCAAAAUGCUAGCUCAGAACACCGUUCAAUUCCAGCAAACUACCAAUAGUACUCUCCAACAACAUUCAGCUGCUCUAACCAAAAUGGAGACACAAUUAGGUCAGAUUGCUGAUGCUUUGAGUCAAAGAGAACCCGGGAAAUUUCCAAGCCAACCGGUGAUACUUCAAAGGAACCAAGAGCAGGCCAAAGCGGUCAUAACACUUAGAAGUGGUAAGGUUAUUGAUAAUAGAGUUGGCAAUGAAGUUACUAAUGAAUCUGAUCAUGUGAAUGCAGGCCCCACUCAAGAAGAGCAUGAGAAACCGAAUGAAGAUCCAAGCAAUGCCACUUCUUCGUAUGAAGCUCCAAAUUUUCACAAAGCUGAAAAACCUUACACUCCUCCAAUCCCAUUUCCUGGAAGACUUGCCAAAAGCAAGCAGGAGAAGUCAUUUAAAGAAAUUUUUGAUAUUUUAAGUAAAGUGAAUGUUAAUUUACCUUUGCUUGAUGUCAUUAGGAAUAUGCCAGCAUAUGGGAAAUUUUUCAAGGAGCUAAACACUUAUAAGAGGAAGUAUGGAAAGGUGAUGGUGUCUGAAAAUGUGAGUGCUGUGCUUCAAAGAAAGCUCCCACCAAAACUCAAGGAUCCGGGCAGUUUUUCUAUCAAUAUCACCAUUGGAGACAAGCUAGUUGAAAAGGCUAUGCUUGACUUGGGGGCGAGCAUCAAUUUAAUGCCCUAUUCAGUGUACCUUCAAUUAGGUUUGGGGGGUUUGAAGGCAACAACUAUUUCAUUGCAACUUGCCGAUCGAUCAGUGAAAUAUCCAAGAGGUAUAGUGGAAGAUAUCUUAGUUCAAGUUGACAAACUAAUUUUGCCUGCUGAUUUUGUAGUGUUGGACAUGGAAGAGGCUCCUAUACAUGAUCGUGAGUUACCUAUUUUGCUUGGGAGACCCUUUAUGGCCACGGCAAAGACUAUCAUAGAUGUGCAAAAUGGUCUCCUCACCAUGACUGUGCUAGGAGAAACUGUACAAUUCAAAGUAAGUGCUCAUGGAGAUGGUGGCAGCCUUGGAAGCAUUAAAACCAUAUCCCUCCACUUUUUCACCUCUUAUAGAGCCAUUAGGACCAUCUGCCACACAUCUGACCCUUCUGUUGUUAAACCUCCAAAACUUGAGCUUAAACCACUUCCAUCACAUCUAAAAUAUGCUUACCUAGCUGAGUUUGAAACUCUCCCAGUUAUCAUAGCAUCUGACCUCACCCCUUUGGAAGAAGAGAAGCUAAUUAGGGUGCUAAAAGAGUUCAAAUCAGCCAUUGGUUGGUCUAUUGCAGAUAUCAAGGGAAUAAGCCCUACCAUGUGCAUGCAUCGUAUUUUAUUGGAGGAGGGAGCGAAACCAACUCGUGAACCACAAAGAAGGCUCAAUCCACACAUGAAGGAAGUAGUGAGAGCUGAAGUGUUGAAGUUGCUAGAUGUGGGUAUCAUAUACCCGAUUUCAGAUAGCAAAUGGGUCAGCGCUGUUCACGUAGUGCCUAAGAGGAUUGGAAUCACAGUGGUAAAAAAUGAGCAUAAAGUGCUUGUUCAAAUGAGACCUGCAGCUAGUUGGCGUGUUUGCACCGAUUACAGGAAGUUGAAUUCGUACACUAGAAAAGAUUAUUUUCCUAUGCCUUUUAUUGAUCAAAUGCUUGAGCGAUUAGCUGGUCACGCAUAUUAUUGUUUUCUUGAUGGAUAUUCAGGUUAUAAUCAAAUUGCGAUUGCUCCGGAAGAUCAAGAGAAGACUACAUUCACCUGUCCUUUUGGCACUUUUGCAUAUAGGAGGAUGCCGUUUGGCCUUUGCAAUGCCCCAGCAACAUUCCAACGAUGUAUGCUGGCAAUCUUUUCAGAUAUGAUUGAGAGAUUUAUUGAGGAAACAAAUUUGAUUCUCAAUUGGGAAAAGUGUCAAUUUAUGGUGAAACAAGGUGUUGUGUUGGGGCAUGUAAUAUCCAGCAAGGGUAUUGAAGUUGACAAAGCAAAAAUUGACAUCAUCUCAAAUAUGGCAGCCCCUACUUCAGUGAAGGGAGUGAGAAGCUUUCUAGGACAUGCUGGUUUUUAUCGUCGUUUCAUUAAGGAUUUUUCCAAGAUCACUCAUCCAUUGUGCAAUCUUUUGGCCAAAGAUGUUGUAUUUCACUUUGAUAAAGAUUGUAUGAAUGCAUUUAAUACCUUGAAACGUGAACUAACCUCUGCUCCUAUCAUUAUGGCCCCAGAUUGGUCUUUGCCUUUUGAGCUAAUGUGUGACGCCUCUGACUAUGCUAUUGGUGCUGUUUUAGGUCAAAGAGUAAAUAAGCUGCCACACGUAAUCUACUAUGCAAGUCGGACAUUAAACGAUGCUCAACUCAAUUACUCUACAACUGAGAAGGAGUUGCUUGCUGUUGUUUUCGCUUUAGAGAAAUUUCGUUCAUAUCUUGUUGGCUCUAAAGUUAUUGUUUACUCUGAUCAUGCAGCUCUUAGGUUUUUGUUGACCAAGAAAGAUGCUAAACCACGUUUGAUAAGAUGGAUACUCUUGUUACAAGAGUUUGACCUAGAAAUUCGAGACAAGAAAGGGAGUGAAAAUGUUGUUGCUGAUCACUUGUCGCGCCUUGUUGAUGAAAACCAUGGAGAUGGACAAAUUUUGCCUCUCAACGAAUCAUUCCCGGAUGAAAAACUCUUUGUCAUCCAAGAUAAAGAGCCAUGGUAUGCUGAUUUUGUCAAUUAUCUUGCUUCUAGUGUAAUUAGAGAUGAUUUGACUUUUCAGGAGAGAAAGAAGUUCUUUUCAAUGGUGAAACACUACAUGUGGGAUGAGCCCUAUUUGUUCAAGUAUUGCCCUGACCAAAUCAUUCGAAGAUGUGUUCCAGAGAGUGAGCAGCAAAGCAUACUAACAUUCAGUCAUGCAUUGGCAUGCGGAGGUCAUUUCAGUGCCAAAAAGACAGCUUUAAAGGUUUUACAAUCUGGUUUCUUUUGGCCUACAUUGUUUAAAGAUGCUUUUGAUUUUUGCUCUAAGUGUGAUAGGUGUCAGAAAAUGGGGAGCAUCAGUCGCAGGAAUGAAAUGCCAUUAAACAACAUUUUAGUGGUAGAGCUGUUCGAUGUAUGGGGAAUAGACUUCAUGGGACCAUUCCCAUCUUCUUUUGGAUACAUAUACAUACUAGUGGCAGUAGAUUAUGUAUCAAAAUGGGUUGAGGCAACAACUACAAGAACUAAUGAUCACAAAGUUGUUUUGAAUUUUCUCAAAGAUAUGAUUUUCACUAGGUUUGGAACUCCGAGAGCUAUCAUUAGCGAUGGUGGCAGUCACUUCUGCAACAAACCUUUCGAGGCAUUGAUGAAGAAGUACAACAUCACACAUAAAGUGGCAACUCCAUACCAUCCUCAAACCUCUGGACAAGUGGAAAUCAACAAUAGAGAAAUAAAGAACAUCUUGAUGAAAACCGUCAGCCCUACAAGGAAGGAUUGGUCACUAAGGUUGAAUGAUGCACUUUGGGCGUAUCGCACAGCGUACAAGACCCCAAUUGGAAUGAGCCCUUAUCGACUGGUGUUUGGAAAGGCAUGUCAUUUGCCAAUGGAGCUUGAGCACCGUGCAUAUUGGGCCAUAAAGAAGUUCAAUUUUGAUCUCAAAGAAGCUGGUACAGUGAGGAAGCUCCAACUCAAUGAGUUGGAAGAGCUCAGAAAUGAAUCAUAUGAGAAUGCAAGGAUCUACAAAGAACGAACCAAGCUCUACCAUGACAAAGCAAUUCUUAGGAAGGAGUUUCAACCAGGUAUGAAAGUACUUUUGUAUGACUCACGUUUGCGACUUUUUCCAGGUAAAUUGAAGUCUAGAUGGGUUGGACCAUUCAAAGUGCUUCAAGUAUUUCCCCAUGGAGCUAUGGAGAUAGAAAACAUCAAGAAUGGGACCCGUUUUAAGGUCAAUGGACAGCGUUUGAAGCCUUAUUUGGAGAAUGUUUCACAGGAGCAGGUUUAUGUAGUUAUGGAUUCUCUCGAGUUUAUGACAACUUAG